GACCUUGACGUGAAUGAGGUGGAGUCGAACACCUGCGUGUGGGACCACGUCUCUCGUAUCGGAAAUAUCAUCGACACCGCUGCACCAGAUGCCAAGAAGGCCUUUACCGCUGAUUACAUCCUUUCCAUCACCUGGGAAAAUAUGGGCUGCUUUCCCAGAUCGCAUCCUCCACAACACUUUUGUCUUCUCAAGGUGAACACGUUCACCUUGGCAUUGUUAAGAAUGGAAGAGAGGUCGUACGCUGUCUUCCAGUACGAGGAUAUCCAAUGGACAGCCGAUCAUUCGACCUCAAGUCUGCCUCCUGAGGGCGGAAUCUUUGUCCAUGGCGUAGCCACACCACAGCUCCCUCGAAACAACAUGCACAUCGAGCCCAACGUCUGGAAUGAGUAA